GUCUCACGUAAUCACUCUUAAAAACAAUGAGCAAAGGGGAAACAUUCAUAGUUAAACUACACUGCCAUAUACAAUUACUGCACAGAGGAUCUAAAAAGCCACUGAUAUAGCUAUGGCAUUUCCUCCAGAAACACCAGUUGUGAAAAUGGUCACUGUCACCACAGCUUUUACAACUCCUCAGACAAACUCCUGCGACCUGUAUGAACAUCAAAAUACAGCAAGGAUCUUACUGCCUGUGUUUUACAGCUUUAUUUUAAUUCUUGGUGUGUUUGGAAAUGGACUAGCCCUCGUUGUCAUUUUUAAAAACAGAAAAAAAAUCAACUCUACUACCCUCUAUUCCACAAAUCUUGUCCUCUCAGACAUUCUUUUUACUACUGCCUUGCCUACACGAAUAGCAUACUAUGCACUAGGAUUUCAUUGGCCAUUUGGAGAAACACUUUGCAGACUAACUGCUCUCAUAUUUUAUAUCAACACAUACGCAGGUGUAAACUUUAUGACUUGCUUGAGUAUUGACAGGUUUUUUGCCGUAGUCCACCCUUUUCGAUACAACAAAAUCAGAAGAAUUAAACAUGCCAAGUAUAUUUGUAUAUUUGUCUGGUUUCUUGUAUUUAGCCAAACACUUCCAUUGCUCAUACAGUCCAUGUCAAACAAGGAAGGAGAAAGGACUACAUGCAUGGAAUAUCCAAACUUUGAAAAAAUUCCACAUCUACCAUGGAUACUUCUUGCUGCCUGUUUAAUAGGGUACAUCAUUCCCCUUGGAAUUAUACUAUUUUGUUAUUCUCAAAUUAGUUGCAAACUUUUUCAAACUGCUAAGGAAAACCCAUUAACUGAAAAAUCAGGGAUAAACAAAAAGGCCAUCAACACAAUCAUUUUUGUAAUUGUUGUGUUUGUCAUCUGUUUUACUCCUUAUCACAUUGCAAUUAUCCAACACAUGAUCAAGAAGCUUCAAUAUAAUCCUUUGUGCAGUGAACAGCAAACCUUCCAGAAGUCCCUCCAUUACACUGUGUUUCUGAUGAAUUUUAACUGCUGCCUGGAUCCUUUCAUCUAUUUCUUUGCAUGUAAAGGAUACAAGAGGCGGAUAAUGAAAAUACUGAAACGUCAAGUUAGUAUAUCAGUUUCAAGUGCCGUCAGGUCAGCUCAUGAAGAAAGCUCACGUGAGAUGGUUGAAACACACAUGACUAUACUUUCAAAACCUUCAAAUGGAAAGUUAUAAACUGAAAAUAAACAUUCCAAUAAUGCAAGUUUAAAAAUACUGGGCCUACAGUAAAUACUGUUUAUGCUUCUGUGCAGUCAAGUAAGUAAGAUUGUUUCACAGUAUCUUAGGAAAUCAAAUGUGAUGUUGGACUAAAAAAUAAAUGGUCAUGUGAAAGCAAGAAAACUCAAAAUGAUUAUUUUCCAAGCUAAAUCACUUUGACCUGUCUUCAUGAGUUUUCUAGGAGAUUUCCACCACUGAUUAUGACCUGCACCUUUCCAUUCCUGGAUUUUAGGAAAGCUUGAUUCACACUAUCUACUAGUUCUCUGAGAAAGGAAUAAACUAAAAAAAGCUAAUAGCUCGGAGUGACUAAAAAUCAACACAUCUGAAAAGAGGUAAACAUCUGACUGAGCUCCAAUUUAAGCACUCUUGACUAAUAUGGUGUGUUAUGUGCACUGGACUGACAGGGCAAAGGUAAAGACAUAAAACAAAGGAAAUAACUUUUGAAGGAAAAUAAAAUGUAUAUUUUUCAUGGAUAAUUAUAAAUGUGUAAUUUAGAACUUUUUGGAGGCAGGGUUGGAUUACAGUAUUCAGAACAUGAACAUCUUAUCUAAAUGUAUCAUGGAUAACUUUGUGAGAAUACAAGUGAAAAAGAGUGAAGACACUGUUAGUUUGUAAAAUUUUGCAUGUGUAAGUAAAUCUAAAGAACAAAGAGAGCAUUGUUUCCCACAACUAUCCAAGGGUCUUCCAGAUUCCUGCUAAAGUCACGGGUUGCAAAACAAUAAGAUAAAAGAUUCUAGAAAUGGAAAGAAAUGUUUAUAGUUGAAAUCACCACGAUGUGUUAAAUUUGUUCACUUUAAUGGGAGGAGUGACCACCUCUUCUUGGACACUCUUUAUGUGGAGGGCUACUAAAUGAGAACAGUGGAAGAAGGAGCAAGCUUCACCAUCAUGGUUGCUGCUGCCCACAUCAUCUUCUGGGAUGCAUCACACCACCAUGGGGCCUUCAUCGUUCUGAACCUGAAACAUGCCUUGACAAGACCAAGCCAUAGUGGGAACAGAUGGCACCACUAUCAAAGGUACUGGAACAACUUUUCUAGUGGGGGCGCUGAGAGCCAUUGAAUCAAACUGUAAACCCUGUGUAUAAUGGAAACCACUUCAAGCCCAGGGGUGCUGCAGUACCCCCAGCACCCCUAGUUCCAGCACCUAUAACCACUAUCCUAUACGCUCCUCUGCCCUCUCCUUCCCCACCCCAGAAUUGGCUGACUCCUGACCACCACCUAGGAUACCAGUCUUUGGUUCCUGCCAGCAUACCCUUCCUAAUGUGUCAUGUUCUUUCCCACCUUAUUUCUCCCUUUUUUCUAUUUCUCAUCUUCUGUCUAAUGAGACUCUGCCUUAGCUGAGCAACACAACUUUGCAACACUGCUGUGAACCUGUGAACAAGAAAGGCAAGCUAAAAACAAUGCCUUGAACAGCCCAAAGCUGGUAAAAGAUUGCCAGAUCUCAGAGUGACAAUAAGACCAUGUGCUGUGCCUGUGUUUCCCCAGCAGUGAGGUUGCAAUAGAAAGUCAGCACCAGAGAAAGAAGCUACAGUUUCUAUCUUUGCUAUUCUUAAUCUCCCCUCAUAUGUGAGUUCACCAUGUUUUCCCUUAAAGGAACCAGGACCAUACUUGAACAGCACAGCAGCAGCAGCUCAGGAUCAACUAAAGUAACUUUUUGCUAUUUCUCCACAAAAAAGUGCAGUUAAUACCAUGUUUAAUACUAUCUAAAGACUAUCAACCGGAGAUUUCCAACCAUAAAAGACACUGAAGAGAAAUGGAACAAGGAAACGGUUACAAUGAAAGACUUACUUCACUUUUUAAGUUGUAAAUGCUUCCACUGUUUUUUCUUCUUUUCCUGUCUUUUUAUUAAAAAGUUAAAAAGAUGUUUAAUGAUAGCUGUUAAAAUGGCAGUAAGUUAGCAAUAACUUGUCACAAAAUCACACUUAACUGUUUAAUGUUGUAACAGGAAACAUGGGUUUUGUUAACAUCUUAUUCCUGUUGGGCAUGUGACACCCCUUACCACUACGGAUUCCAUACUAUUAAUGUCUAUCUUUCUACUUAUGCCAUGCAUUUGGUCUAGUUUUAGAUUGUAAGACUCUCAGAGCAAGGCAUUUCUGUAUAUUUGUGUUCAUUACAUUUUACAGGCAAACAGUAUGUCACCAUAUAAGCAAUCACUUAUGUAUAUCUCUAUUUUUUUAACAAAUAAAAUCAAAUCACAAAUUAGUAUUAAAAUAUUAACUCCCUCUUUUCUCUAUGUUCUCACAUCUAUCAUUCUAUUAUUUUUAAAUCUAAAUAUAUAUAUUUUAAAACUAAACAACUAACUUCAUGUCAAAAUGCUAAUUUUCCUUGAGUAAGGACUGCAGCACUGGUCCAAUUACAUAAUAGUUUAUUUAAGAAAAGUCUUAUAUAAUGUGCCCCUUAACUCUUUUUUCCUUAUUUUAAUACAUUUUCUCAAACAUUUAAUGAGACACCAUCUUUCCAUAAAAUAAAGCUCCAGCGCUGAAUUACAUGGUCUAUUAAAAUACCUACUUUAAACUUAAUUUCCUGGUGGCAUUUUACCGUGAGUAACAACUGAUUGUUUUAAUGAUUUCUUACAUAGUAAUUUAAUGUAUUAUGUAAAGAAGUUUAAGAUUAGUUCUAAUGCAGACUAGAUUCAGAUGAGAAGCAGCACCCAAUUUGUAGACCUUGAACUCAAAUUGAAAUAUAAUAUACUUGGAGAAAACUCUUCCAGUGUUCUCUAUUCGGUUCUUCUCUAGCACCCACCCAUCACUUUAGUAUCUGAAUAUGCCCCGAAACAAACUGGAAAUAAGAAAGAGCUUAAGAGGUGGAUGAGAAUUCUUCUUCCUCCUCCCCAAGAGGUUGCAAGAAUAUUUUUUAGUGUGUGCAUGAAGAGCUUCUCCUCUUCCUCUUUUCUUACAUGUUGCUGAUGUUGUGGAAAGGCAAAGCUAAAGGAGUGAAUUUCAUACUCAUUAUAAAGGCAGUAAGGUCUGUGGUCAUCCUUACCUCCUCUGGUCUGAGUCUUGGGUCAGAUGCCAAGAAAGCUCUGUUUCCCCACCCUCACAAGAGCAAUUUGUUGGUAGUUUCUUCUUUUCUGUAGGGCAUAACUCUGGAAGAAACUUGUGUUUCCUUAGCAAGAGGCAUCACUCUUUUAAGUGGUUUAGUUAAACAUCUGGAGGGCCUUAAAAUCACAUUUGUCAUCUUUAAAUUUACUUAAUGUCCUAUGGGGAGUCAAUGUAGCAAGCAGAGCACAAGGGUGAUGUGUUCUUAGCAGCCGUUGCUGCUGAGGUGGGCUGCUGUAUUUUGGAUUAGGUAGAGCUUUAACAGUAGUGUACUAAUUCCUAAAGUCUGGAAGCUGCAAAGGCAUGGAUCACUUGCCAGGUCAGUAACAGAAAGCAAGGGGUGUAAGCCUUAUUACCAGCCACAGAUGGCAAACUUAACUCUGUGCAUGUCCAGAAGGAAUGAGGAGCCUAAGAGAAUUCCCAG